UGAUUGAUAUAUACUUUAGAACACCAUAUAAUGAUAUAAUGAUAUAAUACAAUAACGAUAUACAAAGACAUACAAAAACAUACAAUAACACACGUGUUUAAGUCGAGAAUCGGUAGGUCCUAGAGAAUGGGAAGAAAGGGCCGAGCAAAACCAAGCAGUUGAAAAAGUGACGGUGUCUGCAGAAGGCAUUGGUAAGAAAGCAGUGCAUUGUGAGGUAUUGCCAUUAUUCUGGUUUUCUGAUGGCUUUGGUAGAGGAGGCAAUGUUGGGACGAGCAUUUACAAGUAUUUAUAGGGGAGAUUUCCGUUUUUCUCUUUCUGUGUUUUCUCGCCGAUUACAUUUUAGUGGAUAUUUGUGAUAUCAAUUACCUAUUGUUAAUUGUUUUGUUGUUUUAUCAACUAGAGGUUUAUUGCUUUGAUUAUUACUUUCUCAAUUAAACUGGACAUCAGAAUGGCAGACGAAUAUUACGGCAAAUCCAACAACGAAUACUACGGAAACUCCAACAACGAGUACUACCAAAGAGGAGUUGGUGGAGAGGAGGACGAACGAGGAUUUCUCGCGACGGUGGGAGGAGCAGCCGCUGGAGGAUACGCCGGAGCCAAGCUUGGAGGCAAGCACAACAUCAUUGGAGGCAUCACGGGUGCUGUAGUGGGCAGCAUUGCCGCCAACAAACUCGAGGACGAGGUGGAGGAACACCGAAAGAACAAAAAGGAGAAAGAAAAGGAGAAGCAGAGGAGGCAGGAGAUGGAGCAGGAGAUCCGCCGCCGUGUGGAGGAAGAGCUCCGUCGCAGGGAGCAGCAGCAGGUAAAGCGCCCCGAGGACGAGUUCCUUCCGGACUUCAGUGCCAUUGGUGGAUUUGGCAGCGGUUUGGGGUCUGAAUUUGACUCCAUGGGACCCUCGUUUCGCUUUUCCAAAACUGACUUCAUCUGUUGCCCACAGUGCAACUACGUCGGUCUCGGACGUCCCGUUCCCGUUGACAGAUUCGGCAACCCCGAUAUUUCCUUUGGACGCUACGACAAGGACAUCGACUUCUGAACGGCUUCGAGGAGCCGGGAGUAGCUGAUGGAAAUAGCAAGCAGUGUUACCCGCAAAUAAAAGUGCGUGAGCGCAACGUGAGCGCGACGUGAAGAACGUCUGAGGAGUGUUUCAGGAGGGUUCCGGUGAGGCAGGGGAAGGAGCUGCGUGUGGGACCUCUGCUGGCGUUGGCGACGGAUGGCUGCUGGCCAGCGGAGUCUGGGGCAGGAGGAGCUGGCUGGCGGCGGCAGACGAGGGCCG